AUGGGAGAUCUAGUACAUCAUAAUUAUCAGAAGUCCAGAGAAACCAAGUUUGUGGCUGUCGAUUGUGGAGACGUUGACGAUGCUAUUUCUAUUUUUGGAAAUUUUACACCAGAAGGCCACACACCAAUUAUCUGCAUGCCAGAAAGAAGUUGGUGCAAACCUUAUAUAAUAGUUCCAGAGGGCUCCUAUGCUGUUGUCACUAAGCAUGGUAAUUAUCAAGGAGUCUGGGAGCCAGGAUAUCACUGGUGAAUGCCAUAUACUCUGAUCCAGUUCAUGAUUACCAAGCAAAACUUUCAAUUUGAUGUCCCUGUGAGAAAUUGCCCAACUAUUGAUAACAUCUUUGUCCAGAUUGAGGUCUCUAUCGUCAUGAGAGUGAGGCCUGGAGAGGAUAAUAUAAAGAAUUUCAUCAGGAAGACAAGCGUAAACCAGCUCAAUGAACAACUCGAGGCUGUCAUCUCUGAAAGGAUCAGGGUCUUAGCCAGGUCUAAGACUCAUCUUGAAGCUUACAGUAUCAAAGGUAAGAACAGCGGAAGAGGCCAAGAAAAUGCCAAAUCUGUCACCCAUCAGCUGACGGAGUACAUGAACGGAAUUUUCGAAGACAAAGGAGUCGAGAUCAGAAGCGUCAUCAUUACUAAUGUAAGACUAGACAGAGGGAUUGCAGACCAACUUGAAGAAAAGACCACUUAUGCGUCAAAGAAUACACUUGAAAAGAAGCAGCAGUCCUUCGAACUUAGAUGUAUUAAUGACGACCAGGAGUACAAUCAGAAGAAGGAGAAGAUGAAGCAAGGUAGGCAAGCUGAAACAGAGGAGUUCAAUAAGCUCAAAGCUGAGAUUGAGAAGGAUCAUGCCAAAAUUAAUGCUGAUACUUCUAAGAUUAUUGCUGAGGUUAGAGAGAAUACGUGGGUAGAGGUAGCGAAAGUUAACGCAAUCUCUGCUCUUGAGGCUGAAGAAGUCAAGGCAGAGACUAAGAUGAUAAAGGCCAGGAUUCUGGCUGAAGGCAGAGCGAAGUACAACGAAACUAUUGCUGAGGCUGAAGCUUAUGUUCUCACCAAAGAAGCAGAGGCAAGGCAAGCAACAGCUGAAAAAUUUGCUGAAGAAAUUAGAAUUAGAGGAAAAGCAGAAGCCAGACUUACAGAUAAAAGAAUUCACGAAUUGCAAAUGUCUCAGCUAGGCAUUCUUCAAGAUCUCGCAAGUAAUAGGAAAUUGAAGAUCUUUGGAGACCAAAAGGAAAAUGUUUUGGCACAAUUUGCAGCAUUUAAAAUGAUAAAUGAGAACUAA